AACAAACAGACGCACGUCUGGAAGGUUGAAAGGGGAAAAAAAACCCUCGCUGAGUCCUCUCCUCGCGAAUCGUCUCGCCGCCACCCACCGUUCCCCUCCCCCCGAAUCACCACGCCACCGCUCCCCUCCCCUCGCCGCGCCGCGCCGCCUUUCCCCGCCGCCACCACCACCACCAGCCGUUCCGCGCCUCUCGAAUCGCCUUCUUGCUCCCCGCUGCUCCAGUCCAGCAAUGUCCGCAUCCCAGAGCCGAGAGACGACGGCGUCCACCUGCGCCGCCAAGACUGCGUGUGGCACGCACUUCUUCAAAAUCGAAGGUUACAGCCUGUACAGGGGGCUCGGCGUUGGCAACUCCGUUCAGUCCGCCACCUUUGCUGUCGGCGGCUACGACUGGUGCCUCAGCUUCUACCCCGACGGUUACGACAAUGACAGCCAAGACUAUGUGUCAGUUUUCCUCGCUCUCAAGACCGCCAACACCAAGGUGAGGGCGCUGUACGAUAUGACCUUAAUCAUCAGCCAGGGGACGCAGCCGCCGCUGCAGCCUUUUACAUGGCCAAACCCUUGGCAUAUAGAGCCGGUUGUGUUUGACUACCGUGGUGAAUGGGGUUAUGCCGAAUUCGUGAAGAAGAGUGACCUCAAAGAGUACAUUCUGGACGACACCAUUCUCAUCGAGUGCAAUAUUGCUGUUAUCAAGUUUAUGGAGGCACAGGUGCAGGACACCAAGAUGAAAUCUGAGGUCCAAGUUCCGCAGUCAGACUUGCUGGAUAAUCUUAGUGAUUUGCUGGAGGCACAUGAGGGAGCUGAUGUGUCUUUCGAGGUUGAAGGGCAGGUUUUCCCAGCUCAUAAGAUCAUCCUGGCAAUGCGGUCGCCUGUCUUCAAGGCAGAGUUCUAUGGGCCGAUGAGGAACAAGUGUGGGCAGAGUGUGACCAUUGAAGAUAUGCAGCCUGCUGUUUUCAAAGCGCUGCUUCAUUUCAUCUACACAGAUUCAUUGCCCCCGAUGGAUGACCUCAAUGAUGAUGACCAUGAAGCAAUGUUUAAGCAUUUACUUGUCGCUGCAGAUAGAUAUGCCAUGGAAAGGAUGAAGCUGAUGUGCGAGAGGGAACUUUCCAAGAAUCUCUAUGCCGACACUGUGGCAACCACAUUAGCUCUAGCCGACCAGCAUCAUUCCAACCAGCUCAAAGAUGCUUGCAUUGAAUUUAUCAACUCGUCGGAUAAAAUGGAUGAUGUCGUGGCAAGUAAAGGGUAUGAGCACCUGAAAAGAGCAUGUCCUAUGAUCUUUGCUGAUAUAUGGGAGAAAGCAGCUAAGAUUCGCAAAAUGUAAUGUGCUUCUGGUGGAUUAACCGUAGUGUAGUUACUUCAGUUCAGAGUUGAGACCAUGGCAACCUGUGUGAUUUUGCUUGUCUAUUUCUCAAGUUCUCAGAGAUCUUUUGGGAAAGGGUAAGUAAGUUUCGUAAAAUGUAAGCCUUUGACAUUAUAAUCAGUCCCUAUAUAUGUGGGCAUAUGCUCGAUCA